CCGCCGCCGAUAACCACCAUGGCGUUCGCGCUCAAGGCCUCCGCCGCGGCGACCACCGCGGCGGCGGGCGCGGGCCCGGCCUCGUCGCGGCCCGUCGCCGGGAGGCGCGGGGCGGGCGGGAGGGUCUCGUUCCGCGGGGCGCCCGUCCCCAUGGUUGCCGUCAGGGCGGAGGCGUCCGUCGUCGGGGAGGACGACCGCGUCAUCUCCGGGACGUUCGCCAAGCUCAAGGAGCAGGGGAAGACUGCUUUCAUUCCAUUCAUCACUGCUGGUGACCCUGACUUGGCGACUACAGCAAAAGCAUUGAAGAUUCUUGAUGCUUGUGGUUCGGAUCUGAUCGAAUUGGGUGUUCCAUACUCUGAUCCGUUGGCUGAUGGCCCUGUCAUUCAGGCUUCUGCUACGCGUGCGCUAGCAAAAGGCACCACAUUUGAGGAUGUUAUCUCUAUGGUAAAGGAGGUGAUACCUGAGCUGUCCUGCCCUGUGGCGCUUUUCACAUAUUAUAACCCCAUUCUGAAGCGUGGCAUCGCAAACUUCAUGACUGUUGUCAAAGAAGCCGGUGUGCAUGGUCUUGUGGUACCUGAUGUUCCUCUUGAGGAGACAGAUGUUCUGAGGAGUGAAGCCGCCAAGAACAACCUAGAGCUGGUACUACUGACAACACCAACUACACCAACAGCAAGAAUGGAGAAGAUUACAAAGGCUUCUGAAGGAUUUAUUUAUCUCGUAAGCACUGUUGGAGUUACAGGUACACGUGCAAAUGUCAGUGGCAAGGUGCAGGCUCUUCUCCAGGAUAUCAAGCAGGUUACGGACAAAGCUGUAGCUGUUGGGUUCGGUAUAUCGACUCCAGAGCAUGUGAAGCAGAUCGCGGGAUGGGGCGCAGAUGGUGUGAUCAUCGGGAGCGCCAUGGUGAGGCAAUUGGGCGAAGCAGCUUCUCCCGAAGAAGGAUUGAAGAAGCUAGAAGAGCUAGCCAAGAGCCUCAAGGCCGCAUUGCCCUGAAACAAGCGGUUCCAUGAGGAAAGAAAAAUACAGACCAUUUUUUUCGUAGUCCGGUUUGAAGCAUAGUACUGGGAGCAUGACUUUUGCUACUUAGGUUUUUGGGGGUUACUAUUGUCUGGUGAAAAUAAUUAAUCCUUGUGUUAGAUGCUGGAAUGAAUAAAACAAGGUAAAAAUGAUGUUAAAUGUCGCAAAAGGUGUCUCGCUUGCAUGAAAAAUUUGGUGCAAAUAUGGAAGACUGGAUAUAAAUAGAGAAAACAAGGUCGCGAUCA